AGUUAACUUUUGGCUACUAAAGAAGCGAAAGUUAGUAAGUCAAAAGAGACAACGAAGUGGCGCGAAGCAAAUACCAUAUCAACUGUUGUGGUUCACACUUCCUUUACGUUAACAACAAUCACAAUCCCAAACUAACUUUCAAUUCAACCCACAAUUAUCACAUGAUAUCUAAUUCUCUCUCUCAAUUUCUUAAAACUCUCCUCAACUAAAACUCUUCUCCAACCGGUUCCUCCAUUUCAUUUCUAUGGCUUCCUUGUCUUUCACCGCUCACCCACUCACCUUCGCCGCUUCUAACAGAUUCCGGUUCCGUACCGGUUCGGAUUUCCAGGUUCAGAACAAUCAAAAACCCGGUUUCCCUGUCUGUAGAGCCGGUUCUUCUUCUUUGGCCUUUCGUCACCUCGAUGCUGAUGAUUUUCGUCAUCCUCUUGAUAAACAGAAUACGCAGAUGCUGAGAGCGAUUCCGGGGUUGAAUCAACUUGGAAAAGCUCUUCUAGGAACAGUAACUGAGCAGGUUAUGUUCCUUGAGAAUAUAGGAACAUCUGUCCUUGUCUCCAAAAAUCAGCUUUCUGAUCUUCACGACUUAAUGGCAGAAGCUGCUGAAAUAUUAAAUGUCACUGCCCCUGAUCUAUAUGUUCGUCAAAGUCCUGUGCCAAAUGCAUAUACAUUAGCUAUAAGUGGCAAACAACCGUUCGUUGUUAUUCACACUAGCCUAGUGGAGCUUCUAACAAGAGCCGAGUUGCAGGCUGUUUUGGCUCAUGAGUUGGGUCACCUAAAAUGUGAUCAUGGCGUGUGGCUUACAUAUGCAAAUAUUUUAACCCUUGGAGCCUAUACUGUACCUGGCAUUGGAGGUAUUAUAGCUCAGACACUGGAAGAGCAGAUACUCCGCUGGCUUCGAUCAGCUGAGUUAACUUGUGAUCGUGCAGCUCUUCUCGUUGCUCAAGACCCUAAAGUUGUCAUCUCUGUGCUCAUGAAAUUAGCCGGUGGAUGUCCAUCUUUGGCUGAUCAACUAAAUGUUGACGCAUUCCUGGAGCAAGCUCGAUCUUAUGAAAAAGCUGCUUCCAGCCCUGUUGGAUGGUACAUAAGGAAUGCUCAAACAAGGCAACUUUCACAUCCUCUGCCUGUUCUACGGGCUAAUGAAAUUGAUGAGUGGUCAAGAAGUCCAGCUUACAGAUCUCUUUUGAAACGUGGAAUACCUAUCAGAUCACAACAACAAAAAUUGUAGCUGUGCACACAUUGUUCAAAAUGCAUAACAGCUCAAGGCUGUUCAUGGGUGAUGUAGCAAUGGUGAAAGGUUCCAGAAAACAAUAAUUUUGGAUCUACAGCUGCUGCAAAACUAUCACCUCAUACCAAUACUGCAGAUCAGUAAAUCUAUACAUGUAUAUUCAUUUUGUUUGUUACUAUAUUGGUCAAGCUGUAAGUAGAAUUUUGAUGAUAAGAAAGAAUUACUUGUAUAUUCUAGAAGAUAUUAAUUAUCAGACAAGUUAGAAACUCAUCUAUGUAUAUUUCAUGAUUAAAGGAUGUAAGUGCUGUACCAUGUAUAAA